AGCCGGGAGGGCGCGGCGCACCCACCACCAGCACCUGCGGAACCUGUCGGGCGGCUCACACCGCUCCGCCGCCGCUGCCGCGCACACACCGCUCCCUCUCUGCCCGCGUCCCCGAGGACCUUCCCGCGGCUUUUCCGCGCCCCGCCGCCCUCCCCAGCCAUGAAGCCGCUCUGCGGGGCUGCGCUCCUGCUGCUGCUGCUCUGCGCCGCCGUCUCUGCCCAGAGCCCGUGUGUCUGCGAGAAGAACAAGCGUGUUACCAACUGCAGGAUGGACAGCGGCGUGUGCCGCUGCGAGGCCAUCGGCUCCCCCGGUGUCACCGUGGACUGCAGCACCCUGACUUCAAAAUGCCUGCUAAUGAAAGCAGAAGUGAUGGGCUCAAAAUCGGGUCGUCGUGAGAAACCAAAAGAUGCGUUUGAGGAUACCGAUGGCCUCUAUGAUCCCGAGUGUGAGAACACCGGUGCUUUCAAGGCGAAGCAGUGCAAUGGAACCACCUGUUGGUGUGUGAAUACAGCGGGAGUUAGAAGAACUGACAAACAUGAUUCAGACUUGAAGUGCAAAGAGUUAGUCAGAACGAUGUGGAUCAUUAUUGAAAUGAAACAUGCUGAGAGAGAUGCUCCUCUGAAUGCUGAAUCUUUAAAGAAGUUUUUCACGGACACCAUUACCAGUCGUUAUCAGCUGAAUGGCCGCUAUAUAGCCAGUGUCCUGUAUGAAAACCCUUACAUUACCAUCGACUUGAAGCAAAAUUCCUCAGAGAAAUUGUUGGGAGAGGUGGAUAUAGCUGAUGUGGCCUACUACUUUGAAAAAGAUGUAAAAGGUCAAUCCAUCUUUCACAGUAAUCCUGGACUAAAUGUCAGCAUUGACAACGAGCCAGUGAAGCUUGAGAAGACAGUGGUCUACUACGUUGAUGAAAUAGCACCGGAGUUUUCCAUGAAGUCUCUGACUGCUGGCGUUAUUGCUGUCAUUGUAGUGGUGGUAGUAGCAGUAGUGGCGGCAAUUGUUGUUCUGGUCCUUACAAGGAGGAGGAAAGGGAAGUACGUGAAAGCUGAGGUGAAGGAAAUGAAUGAAAUGCAUAGAGGACUGAAUGCUUAACUAAAUCAACUGAAGACAAGCCACAUUCAAGCAAGAAGACAAAAACAUUGGAGGCAUGAAUCUUAACUCUUUAAAGUUUCCUCCUGAAAGGAAGGCAAUUGUGCUCACUUAAUGAUUGUUAAAACUCUUAACAACCAAGACUGAUAACUAUUCAACUACUUUUACUAUUUGUUGAGAGUUAAAUGCACCAUCUUACUUGAGUAAAACUUAACUAUUGCUCCCUGAUUUUAUUUUUUUUAUGAUGAUGAAACGAGUUGACAAUUGCUGUUACUAGGGUUUUGGAGCAUACAUGCCUUAAAUGCUUAUUUUACCCUUGUUGAGAGUUCCAUUGAAAGUAAUGAUAUUGUAGCCAUGUUGUAAUGAGAUUGUCUCCUAUAUAACUGAACACAACGUUUUUAUGGCAGUUUGUACAUAUUUGAAGUUGCUGUAACUUUUUUAUGACUUGAAUUAAUAAAACUUUGAAACAGGCUUCUAAUUCUUCCAUGGUGAAAUGAUAAUCUACUAAGUUAUCAUGCUUACAAAUUUGUAGUUUGAUAACUUCAAACAAGGAACCUCAGCAUAGUUGAAAAUAAUUCUAGAACUCCAACUUCCAGUGCCCUCUAGUAUCUCAGUAGCAUGAUAUUUUUUCUUAAAGCUGUGAAAAGUGCAACAGGAGUGAAAUGAUAAUAUACAGAUUGUUGCAUAAAAAAACAACAGGCUGAGAAUGCAGUAAUUUCAGAAAUGCAUAGACUGAUCUUUCAAUGCUAUCUAAGUAUUUAAAAUAAGUCUCUAACCUAGGACAUCUCUGGUGCAGGGGUGGGGGUGGACAGGCUUUGCAUCUGAUGGUGGAGCUGGGGGAGAGCAAUUUACCCCAUUACUGGGAUUUUUGUCUGUGGCAAACUCCUUGCACAGUAAGGAGCUAUUUCUGCUGUUGCUCUCUGCCAGAGGUGCUGACCAGACUGCCACAGGCUCUCAGCCUCUCAGGACAUGAGAGCGUGCUUUGGCUGUCAGUAACCUGUACCAUGGAUGUUGGCUAGCAUGUCUGAUUUAUAAAGGAAAUGCUGUAACUCCUGUUGCCAAAGAAAUAAUGAGAUGCAAGAUAAGGAACUGAAUGACAAACCUUGUUACUAAUGUGUGUGUUUUGACCCACCCUGGCUAAAACAGGAAAAGUGGGAUAAAUUACUGAGAGGAUGUUCUACCUACAGUUCAUUAAAUUAAAUGUGAAGCGUGUUCUAUCAAUAUGCCCUGCGUAUGACAGGGAAUUUGCUGAACUCUGGUUGUGGUAUCUCCACUGUCACAGUUCACCAGUAUCCCUUCUGCCCUGUGCAAGCAUGGUACCUCACAUGUGUGCAUUGCUGUGUUGGAUAGUGCACAAAAAUCUUCAAGCAGAGACUUUACUGGAAUGUUUUGCAGGCUUUUCAGGCAGCUUUGUCAGUGAUACAUUCUGCAGGGCAGGCUCUCCCUCUGUGCUAUUCUCUUUCUCCCCAGGUGUGCAGGCCAUCUGCUGAGGUGUGAUGCAUUUUGUACAAUUCUGUAAGCUGUUAA